GCUAAUGCUAUUCAGAAUGACUGGCUCGCAGCACAAGAGCAGCAGAGACGGCAGCAACUGGCCUGGCAGCGGGCGCAGUGGUACCAACACAUGCAACACAUACAGCAGCAGCAACAAAACCUUAACAGAGUGCACCAACAACAGCAGGAGAACGUCUCUCCUCAGGCUACAGAACCGUGGCAAAAUGCUGCCACGGAAAUUAUCGUCGAGAGCAUGGGGGAGGUCGUGGCGCGAGAAGCCUCAGGGGAGGAAAAGGAACCACCCCUGCCAGAGGCCGAGUAUGGGGAUUUUAAUCUGGGAAUAACGCCUAUGGAUGCUGUUACUGCCACACUUGCAAAUCUUGGAGGCAGGUUGUUUGAAGACCCUGACUUCCCAGCUACCAGCGCUUCUCUCACCUACCUUGAGAAUCCACCUGCUGCUAGUCGCCAGGUUGUAUGGCUGCGUCCUAAGGACAUAGUUGGCCCAGGUAAACAGCCCCAGUUAAUUAAAGAUGGGAUCAGUAGGUCAGAUAUUGACCAAGGUUCUCUGGCAGACUGCUGGUUCCUUUCUGCAUGCGCUGCAGUGUCUGCACGACAAAAGUUCAUGAAAAUUAUUAUCCCUGAUAACCAAGUAUUAACUGGUCCAGAAUACCAUGGAAUAGUCUGGUUCAGAUUCUGGAGGUUUGGAAAAUGGUACAAUGUCUGCGUUGAUGAUCGCCUGCCCACCAAGAAUGGCAAACUGUUCUACGGAAGCUGCGAUGAUUCUGAGGAGUUUUGGGUGCCACUGCUGGAGAAGGCAUAUGCCAAACUCCAUGGCUCCUAUGAAGCACUGUGUGGUGGUCAUACAAUGAAUGCACUGCUGGAUUUGACUGGUGGUCUGGGAGAGAAAUACGAGGUGGCUCUCAAGGCAGAAGAGUACCAGAAGUUGUUCCUGAAGAUACUACAUGCACACAGAUCUGGGGCAUUUAUUUGUGCUUCCAAGAGGGUCCAGGGACAGGGGCAGACAGAGGAGGUGGACAAGGAAGGCCUGGUGUCAGGACACGCAUAUACUAUCACCAAUGUUGUCAUUUUAAAGCAGGGUAAUGGACUGGCACACCUAAUCCGUGUCCGUAACCCCUGGAACAGCGCCACAGAGUGGAAUGGAGCCUGGAGUGAUGGACAUGAGUUUUGGAAUCUCAUUGAUAAGUCGGUAAAAGAGAAGCUUGGCCUCACACAUAAAGCUGAUGGGGAGUUUUGGAUGGACUACCGUGACUUUGCUCAAAGAUUUAGUAUUAUCAACAUAUGCAGUGCAGGACCAGACUUUGAUGGGGAUGGAAUACCAGAUCAGUAUGGUCAUGUUGUGAUGGCAUUUGGAAACUGGGUAGCAGGACAAACAGCUGGUGGACGGAGAACCCUUGAAACUUACACCACAAAUCCUCAGUAUCUUCUUCAUGUCACUCACACAGAUAAUUUCAAUGGUGAUCCCACUGUGGACAGAUGCAGUAUUGUCAUUUCACUGAUGCAAGAGUACAGGAUGUCUUCUAGAACAGAGAUUCCUAAAGCACAUUACAUAGGCUUCCAUUUGUACAACGUCAAGCCAGCAGAUUCAUAUGCUAGAAAAGUUAUUCCUAUUGGUCUCGCUGAAAAGGAAGGUCCAUAUUUGAACUGCCGCCAUGUCUCAGAGCGAUUUCACCUAAAACCCGGUUAUUAUCUCUUUGUGCCAAGCACAUAUGAUCCCUACAAGGAAGGAACAUUUCUCCUCAGGAUAUUUGGGGUGCACAAAUUUGAAUUCAUAGGGCCAUUGCAACACUUGCCCAAUAAUGGCUGACCAGGUACUUGCAUCCUUGACUCGGAGUUGUGUUUUCAAGAUAGUCAGAAGUUCCCAGACCAGAGUGCCCUCCAUCUACAUAAUUCCUUAAUUUAUCUUUUUAUUAGUAAUUCUGAUAAUUGAUCUUUGAAAAUAUAAACACUUACUUUCAUUGUGUCCAAUCUGAUAGCUUUCAGGGAUGUUAAACAGUGGCAGUAGUGUAAUGAAAGAUAGCAAUUUUAGACGUGAAGCAAGAUUUGCUUACUGCAGUAGAUAGGAUACUAGUACUCUGCUUUGCCACCAGGUGUCAUGCUAGUCUAGAUGAUGUCUUGGACAGAAAAACGGCUGUCAGCUUGUCAACUCUGAUUAGUUUGUGGGGCAUGAAAUAAUGGUACAUUUUUCAAUUAGGCUCUACUUUGCUGAAAUUAUGGCAAUUUGUGGAGCUCACUAGAUCAUUACAAAGUGGAAAUGUACGGGUACUCAGUGGAAGGCAGUACAAUUAAACAUUAAAUACAUGUAAUUAUUGACUUGGCUGAUCAUGAUGUUAAUACAGGGUAUGUUGUUUUUAAUACCUUGGAAAAAUCAUAUUGGCCAGUAUUUUUACCUGUGAUACAUUAAUUGUAAUAUCAGUCAGUUAAGCUACAUAGGUCUGUUUAGAAAAGGCAUAAAGUUUUUAAGCUGUGAUACAUGUCAUUUUUUAAAUUUUCUAUGAAUUUAUAUGGAACAGAAACUGCAAGCAUCAUGUUUGUAGUAGUUUUAACCCAGGUAUAUAUACUAAUUACUAGUAUGUCCAUGAACUGUGAUCAAACAAACUAUAGCAUUAUUACGCAUUUUGACAAACACUAACAGUAUAUUGUAUACAUGUAUAUCUAUAGUGUACUUCUUUAGUUUUCUGCAUCAUUUUUUGUAACAUUUUGAUGGUAUUUUUUUACCAAUUUAUAUAUUGAUUGAUUUUUUAUUGAUAAUCAGUCUCAAAUGAGGCAGCUGUUUUGUUAUUUGCUUUGUUUUUGUCAUUUCAAUGUAUGUACAUGAUCCAUAUGUGACAGUUAUUGCUUUUUUCCAUUCGACUUACUAAAUAGGUAGGUUUUUAAAAAUAAUAUUCUUAAAAGAAUAUAGUCACCUGCAUGGUAAUUGGUAAUGUUCAAAAUUGACUAUUUUGUGCAAGCGGACACUUAGUCUGUGUUGUUAAACCAAAGCUGGAGAACGUUUUCAUGUUCAAAUAUAUCUACCCAAACA